AUGUCGACUACUUCUACUCCAAUUUUUACAAUUAUUUCACAACAAGUUACUAUCUAUUUGGGUUUAUUUAUUCUAAUAAUUGGUUUCUUUGGUGGACUUUUAAAUAUUAUUAUAUUUUUAAGUCUUCAAACAUUUCGACAAAAUUCAUGUGCAUUUUAUUUGACAGCUAUGUCAUUUGCUAAUAUUGUUCAUUUAACUAAUGGUUUAUUUAGUCAUAUUAUAAUUAAUGGUUAUGGAAUUGAUUGGCCAGGACAAUCAAUAAUUUAUUGUAAACUAAGGUUUUUUUUUAUUGAAGUAUUUUUAUUAACAUCAUUAACAUUUAUGUGCUUAGCAACAUUUGACCAAUUCUUAGCCACUUCUUUUAAUUCAUUUUGGCAUCGAUGGAAUAAUAUUAAAGUAGCUCGAUAUGUUUCAGUAGGAACUAUUUUAUUUUGGAUUCUUCAUGGAAUUCCAGCUAUAAUUUAUUUUGAUUCUAUUGUAUUAUCAUCCAAUACGAGUCAAUAUGUUUGUUCAAUUACAAAUAAAUUUUUUCAAGGAUACAUUACAUAUGGUUAUGUUUUUAUUCUUAUGGGUAUUUUACCUCUUAUUGUCAUGGUCUUAUUUGGUUCGUUAGCAUAUUACAAUGUACAACAUCUAGCUUAUCGAACUGUUCCAUUAGUACGACGCGAAUUAGAUAAACAAUUAACAAAAAUGGUACUUGUCCAAGUUAUUUACAAUAUCUUCGUAUUAACACCAUUUGUAAUUGUUGCUUUAGUAGCUUUCAAUUUACCAACUAUUGAUCAAAUACGUUUUGUUCAAGUUUUGGCUAUUGAUAUACAUAAUUUUUAUUUUGCAAGUCCAUUCUAUAUCUAUGUAUGUGUAUCAAAACGAUUUCGUCAACAAUUUAUUCAUGUAUUUUAUAAAAUUCUUUUUAAUCGAUGUAAAAAAAUAAAGAAAAACAAUAACCAAAUACUACCACAACCAGCAAAUACAUCAAUCAAUCAUAUUUCACAAUGA